AUGAAGGUUCCACCUGGGAUGCAGGUUUCCCCUACAGAUUCUUCUCCAUUCCCUUUGGUUUGCAAGCUCAAAAAGUCUCUAUAUGGCCUCAAGCAAGCAUCCAGACAAUGUUGGGAUGAUGUUGAACUAGACAGUGUUAAGUUAUUCCUUAACCAACAAUUCAAGAUAAAGGAUUUGGGGACAAUCCAUUAUUUUCUUGGUUUGGAGGUCACUAAAUGUCCUGAAGGCUACAUCAUCAGUCAACAAAAGUUCACAAAUGACUUGCUUGCAGAAUUCCAUUGCCAAAAUUUUCCCCCUGUUGUGACUCCUAUUGAUACUUAUGUCAAGUUGCAUGUUGACAUGGAUGCCCCCUUGACUGAUCCCAUCACAUAUAGGAGAAUUAUUGGCAAACUCAACUUUCUCCUACACACAAGGCCUGAUAUAUCUUUUUGUGUCCAACAUUUAAGUCAAUUUAUUCAGGCUCCUCAAGUUCCCCAUAUGCUUGCUGCCCUUCAUGUGUUAAGGUAUCUAUCUAAUGCUCCUGAUUUAGAGACCCUUCUCUCUUCCUCUUCUGAUGUUUCUCUCAAGGCCUACUCUAAUUCUGACUGGGCUACCUGUGCUGAGUCAAGAAGGUCUGUUUCUGAUUUUUAUGUUACACUUGGUGGUUCUCCAAUCUCCUGGAAAAGCAAGAAGCAACCCGAUAUUUCAUUGUCCUCUGCUGAAGCUGAAUACAGGGCUCUCAGAAAGGUGGUUAUAAAGGUCUCAUGGUUGGUCUGGCUACUGGGUGAUCUUGGUUUACAUGUUUCUGAUCUUGUUCCCAUCUACUGUGACAACCUUGCUGCUUUACACAUUGCCAAGAAUCCAAUCUUCUAA